CGCGGCCUCCGCCGGCGCGUGUCACGCGCACCUGAAGUUUUGCGCGCGACUUUUGGGGCGACGCUCACUUCCUGCCGUGACGUCAGCAUGAGGCCCGCGAACGACGAUGAUGGCGUCGCGACGGCAGAAAGCGACAGGAGACUCACUUCAGAGCCUGCAAAUCAUCUCCAGGAGCUUCUUGGUUGUCGGCCCACACGGAGAGCGGACAAGGUGCCUCCCUGUGCCAUGUCCAAGAACGGAUACUUCUUUCAGGAAAUGGCGGGAGGUGGACCUGGACGACGAUCAAGAGGAACUGCAGGAGGUCCAGGACUCGCCCAUCGCCUGCGCCGACAACGUCCAACUUUACGGCAGCCAGGUCACCCCUGGCUCAGAGAGCAACGACUCUGGCUGCGUUCUGCUCAACACGUCCAGGAGGUACGUGAAGCUGAUGAACUUCGAGGAGGAGAUCCGACCCCACCGGGACCUCGACGGCUUCCUGGCUUGCGCGAGCAUCCUUUUGGACGAGACCGCGGCGACGCUGGACGAAGUCCUGAAGAGGAUGCUGAGACACGUCGGACAGGAAUACAGCUCCCCAGAGCCAGGGUGGAACUUUGAGGACAUCAUGAGUUUGCUCUUCACUGAUGCCGGCGCGCAGGAAGUCAACGUCCACCUUCUGUCCGAGACCAUCCAGGGGGUGACGGCGACCGACACGGGAGUUCACUACCAGCAGUCGUGGCUCUGCAUACUGUGCAACCUGAAGGACCUGCAGCGUCGCCACGUGUGUAUUUCCCGCUUGGAGAGGCCUCAGAACUGGGGCGAGAACUGCUGUGAAGUUCGCUACGUCAUCCUGGUCCUGGCGCCGCGCAAAAUGAAGAGCACCAAGACGGCGAUGGAGCUGGGGAGGACGUUUGCGACGCUCUUCUCGGACAUUUCCUUCCGCCAGAAGCUUCUGGAAACCAAAACGCAGGAGGAGUUCAAAGAGGCUCUGAUGUUCCAGCGCCACCAGCUGUCGGCUGCCAACCAGCAGUCCACCAUGCUGGACAAGGAGGAGACGGACCCCUACAACCACAAGCCCCUCAAGUGUACAGACUUCCUCCUAGCGGGCCAGGGGAUUUACGAGGACCUGUGUCGCCGCCUUCCUCUCUACGCCUCCGACUUCACAGAUGGUAUCGUGGGCAACAACAAGACCCUGUUGAAGUACAUGACCACGGCCAUCUUUCUCUACAUCGUCAUCCUGCUGCCCGCCAUCGCGCUCGGCUCGCUCAACGACGAGAGCACGCGCGGCGAGAUCGACGUGAAGAAGACCAUCGUCGGGCAGUCCAUCGGCGGCGUCAUCUACUCGCUUUUUGCCGGGUCCCCUCUCGUCAUCCCGCUGACCACGGCCCCCCUCGCUAUCUUCAUAAGUGUGAUCCGCGGCAUCUGCGACGACUACCAGCUGGACUUUGCAGCCUUCUACGCCUGCAUCGGGCUGUGGAACUGCCUCUUCCUCAUCCUGGGAGGAGUUUUCAACCUCAGCCUGGUCAUGAAGCUCUUCAAAAGGUCCACAGAGGAAGUGAUCGCUCUCUUCAUCUCCACGGCGUUUGCGGUGGACGCCUUCAAAGGAACUGUGAAAAUCUUCCAGAGGUACUACCACGCGCCCACUCUGGGUAACGGCAGCAGAGCCGAGCCGGCGUCGGCGAGCGUCGGCGUGCCGGGGGGCAACGGGAGCGAGUUCGGCGUGGCCUCGGCGCUCCACGCCAUACCGGACUCGUUGAUCGACUGCACCCGCGAGCGCCCCGUCUUGUGCCUGCUGCUCAUGAUGGGCACGCUGUGGAUGGGCUACACACUCUACCAGUUCAAGAGGAGCCCGUUCCUGCACGCCAAAGUGAGGGAGGUGUUGUCCGACUGCGCUCUGCCCAUCUCGGUGCUUCUCUUCUCCUUUAUCGGAUCAUACCUGUUUAGCGACAUCGAGCUUCCGGUGUUUAAAGUCCACAACAAGCCGACGUUCAGCGUGGCGCCGUUGGAGCGUCUGACGGCCUUGAACGUGAUCAGCGCCAUGGGCCUGGGCUUCCUGCUGGCUUCGCUCAUCUUCAUCGACCAGAACAUCGUGGUGUCGCUCACCAACGCGCCCGAGAACAGGCUGCUGAAGGGGACGGCGUACCACUGGGACCUGAUGCUGUCGGGCCUGAUCAACAUCCUGAUGUCGGUUCUGGGGCUGCCGUGGAUGCACGCCGCCUUCCCGCACUCGACGCUGCACGUGCGCCAGCUGGCCUUCGUGGAGCAGCGCGUGGAGGGAGGACACCUCUACGAGACUAUCGUGCAGGUGAAGGAGACCCGCGUGACGUCGCUGGCCGCCAACAUUUUCAUCGGCGCGUCUGUGUUCCUGCUGCCGCUGCCGCUGCAGUGGAUCCCCAAGCCGGUCCUGUACGGGCUCUUCCUCUACAUCGCGCUCACCUCCAUCGACGGCAACCAGAUGUGCGACCGCAUGGCCCUGCUGCUCAAGGAGCAGACGGCGUACCCGCCCACCCACUACAUCCGCAAAGUCCCGCAGAGGAAGAUCCACUACUUCACCUUCCUGCAGAUCACGCAGCUGCUGGUCCUGUGCACGUUCGGCAUGUACCCCAUCCCCUACAUGAAGAUGAUCUUCCCCUUGGUCAUGAUCAUGCUCAUCCCCAUCAGGAACAGGGUCCUCCCUCACAUCAUUGAGGCCAAAUACUUGGACAUCAUGGACGCCCAGCACAUGUAGCCGCGGAGGACCAAAGGUGGCGCCAAAUGCGGAGGGAAGAACGUGGAUCUUUUGGAAGGACAAACUGUGCACAAGGGAAGGAGGAAUUUCAAAAGCCGGGAACCUUCCCACAGGCCGGAAAAGUUGCACGAGGAACGCGUCCAGGACUCCCCGAUUCGUCGCCAUUGUUGUGCUUGCGUGCGCUUCGAGGACUUGAACUACUCGCGGAUGGCGUGCAAGUGACGAUUGAUUCAUUUCGAAGACGGCGUAACGGCACAACCGCUUCUUUUGCACACCCGCGUUGUUUUCACGCCGUGCUGCUGCUGCUGCUGCUGCUGGUGGUGGUGGUGGUGUUUGGCCCACGUGACGUAUUCUUCCACUGUCUUGAUGAGUAGUUAAAUACUAGAUCCAAAAGGUAGCAUGGACGUCUCUCUUUUUUUUUUUUUUUUAAACUCGUUCCUUUAAACGUUCCACCGAAGAGGCGCCUUUUGGUGGCACUGUUGCGGGUCGCCUAACCUUUUAACGUCCUCGCUCGUUUGUCCCCCUAAAAACGUCAGUAAAAAUGGGACACCGCGGAUACGCCCCCCACCCCCCACCCGCUAUUUUGGGGAGAAAAGCUUUAUUUUUUUGAAUGACGCACCCCAACCCCCCGAAAAAAAGGUAAAUGGACUUGCCCACUUUCAAGCAGUCCCAUUCACAUAUGCAUUCGGCAGCCCGAAAAAGAAUCAAACUGGGAACUUAUCACAUCAAAUCAGGGUUAGCGUCCCGUUUUGACCCGAAUCUAACGCUUUAUGAGGAAUGAGAGCACAUGUACAUGAUAUCUAAUGUGGGUAAUAAUUAUUCAUAACGGCAGCACAAACCAAAACCCAAGAGUUUUCCAACAAUCCUCGUUAUAUUACUGCGUUAAAAUAAUGUGCACUUUGCAUUGUUCAUUAUUUUCUUAUUGUUGGGAAUGUUUUGUCUGCCAUUUUGGCUUUUGUGUCUUUAUUGUGCGCGAAAACAUUCCGACGUCCACAGUAGCUCUGGAAAGUGACGAAACCCCCUCCCUCGCCUGACCCCCCCCCAAAAAAAAAAAAAAUAAUAAUAAUAAUACUUUUUGUAACGUCAUGUAAUAAUCCUGAUACUUGGAUGAAAAAGAUUCGUAAGCAUGUUGCUUUUUCCUACGUCCCGACGCCGAUCCUCAGACGGUCGGUUCUCGAAUGCAACACGUGACGAUUCAGCAAUACUGUGUAAAUAAAGAAAAAGAAA